AUGAUUGAGCAAACCCCUUAUUUUGUCGCCAGGGACGUGGCAGAGGUGGAUGAGAUUCUCAAACGCCUCAGCCUCAACCGACGAGACGAUAAAUGCGUCCAGUGCGACGACACUUCGAAGCUCAAAUGUCCCGCCUGCCCCUCUGGCGAGAGCUGCCAGUUUACCGUCCCUGUGAACUGCUCACAAUGCCCCAGAUCAUUCUGCAGUAAAGAUACCACCCCUAUUGGCAACGGAGGCGAUAGUGGCGGUGGUGAUAAAGGCAGUAGUGGCCCCAGCGCAGGCCCAAUUGCAGGAGGUGUGAUCGGUGGCCUUGCCGCCAUCGCCAUUAUCACGUAUCUCAUUUGGAGAUUUGUGAUCAAACCGAAGCGAGCGUCGAACCCUCAUCAGUCCGUCUAUGAGACGGAAGCCAACCCUAGCCGUAGCAUUGAAAAGGACAAUGCAUCGAGAAUGACCCGCCGGUCAUCAACGCACACGGUGCACUCUAUCGCUUCAACAGUUCUCACACGAGCCUCCAAUAUUAUCCAAAUUGCUUACAUCCCUGGUGUCACCAACCGAGCCACGCCAACUUCACCGACCGUUCUCGUUCCGCCUGUUCCUCCGAUUCCCAUGCAACAUUCCGAGGGCAGCCGCGAUAGUGCCCAGGAUGAUCAGCACUUCUUCGUCCCAGGCAACCUUCGAGACUCCACAUACUCGGGCAUCUCGUCAUUCUCCGACCGCACCUCGUAUGCACCGCGAUCCAGUAUUGCUUCCACCAUCUACGGCAAGCAGGCUCAGAUUCAAACACCCGCCCAGACUGGCAUGCGAGCCAAGCCUACUGUUGUCAGCGUUAAGUCCGCUGGCACCAGUUCCCCCAACACGCCUCCAGUGCCGUCUAUCGACUUUGAGAGGUUUGGUCCUGGUCGCCCUGAGAGUGCAGCAAGCAACUUCAGUGUCGGCUCAACAUAUCUGAACAACGCAAACACAGCCCAACACGGCCGAGCUCAAGUCGUCAAGCUUGGCAGCGGAUUGAAAAAGAUUGAAAUUGCUGCCAGGUCUGAUGCCAGCGUCUCAUCAACGUCAUUAGCAUCCGCUUCGUCCAAGGCUAGCUCAGGUGCCAUCCCUAUCGUUGCAGAAUCACCAUCAAGCGACCAAGGGCCGUUCUCAGACCCACCGGAGCGAAAGGUCAACGUAAUCAGCACUCCUACCUUGGGAUCUGUUAUGGAAGAAGCUGAAGAGCGCCGAGGAGUCGACAAGUCUGACAGACCCGGCUCCGGGGACCGUGGUCGAAGUCCCUUUAGCGACGCCCAUGCCACCAAGGACUGA